AGUUACGGGUGCGGACCAUCUGUCGCCAACAUCAAACUGUCCAUACAGAUGGCUUUGAUUCACUUCGAGUUCAGCUUCAGACCCUAAUACAAGUCUCUCCAAAUUUCGCGAGUCGGAGCUCUCGAAGGAGGUAAUUCGAGCUGGGCACCGCAUUUCAGCCAUCGGACUGGCUAACGAGUGACCAAAACAGAUUUUUCUGGGGUUGUACAAAUUUUCAUCCGCGGUAGGGUCUCUUCGGCUCCGAAAAUUUCAAGUUUGUCGAAUUUAUUGGUGAAACAGACAGAACAUAUGGAUGGCACGUCUGGAUUUCCUAGCAAAAGGGCCAAGAGUACGGAUGCGGAGAUCGAGGAUCACAAAGUGAAUGUAUAUGUUUGGGACAUGGAUGAGACUCUUAUACUGCUCAAGUCUUUGCUAAAUGGGACGUAUGCGGAGGCACACGGCGGUUCCAAGGAUGUACAGAAGGGUAAAGAGAUUGGCAAGAUGUGGGAGAAGCUCAUACUUGAUCUAUGCGAUGAUCAUUUCCAUUAUGAGCAAAUCGAGAACUUUAAUGAGCCCUUUCUUGAUUCCUUGAGCAAAUUCGACGAUGGGCGAGAUCUUUCUGAUUAUGACUUUGAUCAAGAUGGAUUUGGUCCUCCAAAAGAUGAUGCCAAUAAAAGAAAACUAGCAUACAGACUCAGAGCCGCAGCCGAUAUGUAUGAAAAGGGUCUGCACAAUAUCUUUAACCAAGACUUAACAGAAAAGUGGGAUCAGUUGUACCAAAUGAGCGAUGAGUACACGGGCGGUUGGCUUUCCUCGGCCAGGUCCUUCCUAGAUAAGUGUUCCAGUGGGGAGGAGGACCCAAUUCCUUGUCCUGACUCGGCCAAAGGGAUGGCCGAGAAGAAGAAUUCUCAGUCCAUAAACGUUCUAGUGACCUCAGGAUCGUUGAUACCCAGCAUCGCAAAAUGCUUGCUCUUUCACUUUAACGGUUUGAUAAAGCACAGAGAUGUGUACAGCUCAUGGGAUGUGGGGAAACUCCAAUGUUUCGAGUGGAUUAAGGAGCGUUUUGGCAGUCCCAAUGUCCAGUUCUGUGUGAUUGGGGACGGAUGGGAGGAGUGCGAAGCGGCAGAAGCAAUGAGAUGGCCAUUUGUCCAGAUCGAUUUGCGACCAAACAGUUCUCACAGGUUUCCUGGCCUUACACUGAGAACCUUGGGAUUUUAUUUCUCCAUUGUGUACGGGAAUCGUGGUGCUGCAACUGAUGAGGUCGAAGAGUGAGUUAGUGACUUACUUUGCUAAGAAAGCAUGUAGACGAAAUAACAUGUUCAAUGUCUCUGGUGGAAAUUCCUGGUUAAAUUAGUUUAUUUGAUUCACCUUGACUGGCAAUUUCAUAUCUCUUCAUGUGUAUUUUUCUCGAGUAUAUUAGAGUUUGCUGUGUGAA